AGCAGUUACAUUUGCUGGAUGAUUUUGCAAUGACAUUAUAAACUUGCGGCAGAUUUCUGCAUUAUCUUGAACGUACCCGAUCGACUGGGGUAAAUUAAUCACAUGUAACCUUUUUUUACUUUAUAAAUGCCAUUAAAGUUAACACCAGUAAGACAACGUUAUAAAAUACAUUUGUGAAAUGUGUACACGAUAACUUCGGGACUUCCUAAUAGUGUCUGCAAGUGUGACAUUACAUUUUGUUACGUUUACUAAUCAUUGGAUAUACAUCAUUCUUAUUUUUUUCCUGUAAAUGCGUAGGGUUAUGGGGGGAAAAAAACACACUGGGAUGAUGUUUGUUCGUGGCCACACAUUCUCGGUUGCCAACAUGGUUUUACUGAUGUAUUACCCGUUCUAAUGGUAAUCAAGUCCACGUGUGGCAAAGAAUAUACUGUGGAAAUGUUCAUACCUACCUGGGCAUCUCAGCGACAAUGCUACAUAUGUUGCGCACGAUACAACAUUCAUUUGUUAGGGGAUUUAAAGCACGUCGUCGAGUUUUACUGAUUCCCAAUUCAAGCGUAAUUGUGCAUUGAAAUCCACACACACACGUGGUUUGAUAAACAUGACAAGGUGACUGUUAAUACGUGUAAGGUUUAUGGUUAGGGAAGCCUGCAUUAUGGCGUUACUUGAGAAUGUGAGGCCAAACUGGGUACUCUGAAUCACCAUGGUCAACAAUCGUUGAACCGAAUUGCCUUUUCCAAUUCUGUACAAACAAACCAGUGCUGGUUGACUGGUUUAAAUGGGAUCUGGGCACGAUUUAAAACUGGAUUCGCUUGCCUACGGCUUAAACUGUCGUCUGCGAGACUGACGUUUUUUUUUGUUGCUACGGUUCAAGAGAACAGUUGCCACGAGUCUGGGCAAGAUUCACAACCGCUUCCCAAGUGCUGACGGAGCAGUAAUCAGACCAUUUUUAGCAUUGUGCUACUCACUGCCAUCAUCUCCUGUCAUUGUGUAAUAUGGUGCGCGCGGUUGGCUAAUGGAUCACUGUUCACUUCCGAGCGUGAACUUUGAACAGUGCACUCAGGCAGAGGCACGAGGAUCGAGCACAGUUAUCCGAGCGCCGUGCCAGUGUUUGAGCCUCGUUUGCUUUGCUCGUGCGGUUAUUUCUCCAAGUCUCACUUUGUUCGGGGGUUCGCUUACACGAGAUUCACACCUCGUCGCGUCGUCUGACUCACGAGCCACUGCAGAAGCAGCAGCUGCAGUCUCUACGGAGGGAGUUCCUCAAGCGGUUGUUAUAUUCGUGGGGAUUAAAAAGAACAUAGCUGCUUUUUUUUUGUUAUUUUGACACGCAAAAAAAAUAUAAAGACUUCAGCAGCAAUGGGUUCCCUGUUCCGGAGCGAGGCGAUGUGCCUGGCGCAGCUGUUCCUGCAGAGCGAGGCUGCCUACAGCUGCGUGAGCGAGCUGGGCGAGCUUGGCCUCGUGCAGUUCCGAGACCUGAACCCAGGAGUCAACACUUUCCAGCGCAGAUUUGUGAACGAUGUGCGGCGAUGUGACGAGAUGGAACGCAAGCUCCGCUUUCUGGAGAAGGAGAUGAAGCAGGCAGAGAUCCAGGUGGUCGACAGCCACUCCGAUCCCCCUGCACCAGACCCUCGGGAGAUGAUUGACCUGGAGGCAACGCUUGAGAAGCUGGAGACGGAGCUGAAUGAGGUGAAGAUCAACCACAUGACCCUGAAGCGCAACUUCUUGGAGCUGACGGAACUGCGGCACGUGCUGGAGAACGCACAGCACUUUUUGACCGAGAGGCCGGAGGUGGAGCACAAGUACGAGAACAUGGAAAGCUUCGAGCCAAUGGACAUAGCUCUGGGCAACAGAGAGCUGGGGUUCCUCACAGGCGUGAUCGGGCGGGAGAAGAUCCCGAUGUUUGAGAGAAUGCUGUGGCGGGUUUGUCGCGGGAACGUGUUCCUGCGUUACGCCGAUAUUGAUGAGCAACUGGAAGACCCCGUCACUGGGGACGAAAUGCAGAAAUCUGUCUUCAUCCUCUUUUACCAAGGGGAGCAGCUGAAAGGUCGUGCCAUCAAAAUCUGUGAAGGGUUCCGCGCGACCCUGUACCCGUGCCCGGGGUCUCUCGAGGAGCGCAGUCAGAUGGUGGCUGGAGUUGGCACGCGCCUCGACGACCUCAAUUCCGUCAUGGGCGAGACGGAGGGCCACAGGCGGCGCGUGCUGGAGGCAACCGCCGGCAGCCUUCCCUCGUGGCUCGUGCGAGUUCACAAGAUGAAGGCCAUUUACCACACACUCAACCUGUGCAACAUGGAUGUCACCCAGAAGUGCCUCAUCGCUGAGAUCUGGUGCCCCAUCUCUGACGUGGAUAAAGUCCGCCUGGCCCUCAGCCGAGCAACGGAGCGCAGUGGCUCCACUGUGCCUUCCAUUCUGAACCGCAUGGUGAGUGAGCAAAAUCCACCAACCUUCAACCGCACCAACAAGUUCACCUCGGGCUUCCAGAACAUCGUGGAUGCAUAUGGCGUUGGUGACUACAGGGAGGUCAACCCAGCUCCCUACACACUCAUCACCUUCCCGUUCCUUUUUGCUGUAAUGUUUGGGGAUUUGGGUCAUGGCAUCAUCAUGACAUUAUUUGCUCUCUACUUGGUCAUCUUUGAGAAGAAACUCUCCGCUUCUAGGAUCAAUAAUGAGAUCUGGACCAUGUUUUUCGGUGGCCGCUACAUCAUCCUGCUGAUGGGAAUUUUCUCCAUGUACACCGGCCUCAUCUACAAUGACUGCUUCUCCAAGUCCAUAAACAUCUUCGGCUCCAGCUGGAGUGUCAACGCCAUGUUCAACGCAAGUCAAUGGACAAAAGAAGAUUUGGAAGCACACCAAGUGCUGCAGAUGAACCCAGUUGUGCCAGGAGUCUUCAACGGACCCUACCCUUUCGGCAUCGAUCCGAUUUGGAACUUGGCUGCCAACAAGCUCAAUUUCCUUAACCCGUACAAAAUGAAGAUGUCGGUGAUCGUGGGCAUCACCCACAUGGUCUCAGGGAUAAUCCUCAGCCUCUUCAAUCACAUAUAUUUCCAGAAGCCAUGGAACAUCAUAUGUGACUUUGUUCCUGAAAUGAUUUUCAUUCUCGCGCUGCUUGGAUACCUGGUGGUGCUAAUCUUUUUCAAAUGGAUUGCGUACCAGGCUAAAGAAUCCCAACAUGCACCCAGCAUCCUCAUCAACUUCAUCAACAUGUUCCUCUUCACCUAUGACGAGAAGUUUGUGCCAAUGUAUAAUGGACAGAAAGAAGUGCAGAUGUUUCUGGUGGUGCUGGCCCUCUUAUGUGUCCCGUGGAUGCUGCUCAUCAAACCGUUUGUGCUCAGAUUCCAGAACAAAUGCAUGCAGAAGCUGCUGAUGGGCAAUGGCAGUGAGGAAGCCGGCAUCGUACAACUGGAUCAGCUGAACAUGGCGCCACCAGACCUCCACAAGGAGGAGUUCAACUUUGGCGAUGAGUUUGUGCACCAGGCAAUCCACACCAUCGAGUACUGCCUGGGCUGCAUCUCCAACACAGCUUCCUACUUGCGUCUCUGGGCUCUCAGCCUGGCACAUGCCCAACUCUCGGAGGUGCUGUGGACUAUGGUGGUGCGCAGUGGGUUCGUCAUGAUGACUGGAUACGUGGGGACGGCGAUGGUAUUCUUCACCUUUGUCGGGUUUGAGGUGCUGACGAUUGGUGUGCUGCUCAUCAUGGAGGGCCUCUCGGCCUUCCUGCAUGCGCUCCGUCUACACUGGGUGGAGUUCCAGAACAAAUUCUACACUGGGACUGGAUACAAAUUCACGCCAUUCUCCUUCCAUCAGCUCCUGCAGGAAAAACUCCACGAAGAGUGACACCCUGCGCUCACUGUGAUUAAACAUUUGGAUCUGAAUUGCAUGUGUGAUUUAAUUAUAUGGCGAGGUAUUCAUCCGGCAGUGGAUAAACAAUGGCUGAUGAUGAUUGCAUUAUUUUGCGGUGGCCCAAAGUGUGUUUUAUGCAAAAAUAAUAAUUAUUUUGGAGACAAAAUCUUUGUGAUGGCCAAUAAUAACAUUAUUUUUAUUAAAUACUUUCAGCAACAUUUUUACAAUUUUAGUAAAAAAUUUUAGAUGAAGGCUCAAAGGUCACUUCUUGCUCUUUAAAAUGUGCCAACGUAAGGCUCUAUACAAGCCGCUAUCAAAGAAAUAUAUAAGUUGUACUUUUGCUUCUUGUAACUUUUACAGGUCUGUAAUUUAAUUGUCUUGUAACUUUCCACUUCGGUGCAAAGGCCUCCAUUGUAUUGGAUUUUUCUGACUACAGUGAACUAAUUUAACGAAACAUGAUAUUUUUUCUUAAUCUCACUAAACGCCAAAAAUAAUGACCACAUUAUUCGUGAAAUAAAACAUGUCCGAUUUAUGCAGAUUAUGCUAGAUUAAAAUCUGUCAUUUAAAAAAUGUGUUAAAAAAUAAAAUCUCAGAUUGCAGACACUUUUGUCUCCUCCGGAGUUUGUAUUUUUUUAAAAUACUUUUCACUGUACAGUUGGUAGGGAAAAGCGUUUGUUAUUGAAGUCGGUUGAAACAAAAGCGACAUUGACCAAGUCCAGAGACUACUAUAAGCCUGCUUGAACAAGCAUAGAUAAUUAUUAUAUUUACAAUUAUUAAAACCACAAAUAAACAAGUUAAUUUUCAAAAUGUGCUUGCCAUGUGCCAAACAAUAUUAUAUAAUACAAGUAUAUAUUUUAUGCCACAUUACUUAUAACUGACUUGAAAAAAUGCAAGGCGCUUACAUUUUUGUACUUGCACAAUUUAUUCAACCUUGCAUUGACAAAGAUUUGUGUCAAGAUGUCAUUGCAUGGCAUUGCAUGUCUGGAAGAAGCCGGCCAGUGUGGCCCUGUCCACUUUCGACUGCCUCUAGCAGGCCGAGUUUUAGACACCUGGAGUAUUCACAGCUUGGGCCCCAGAGGUGCACAAAGGGUGAGCUUUGUCAGUCAGUCUCCUGACAAAAAUCAAACCGUUGGCAUCAUCCUCACAUAUGAUCAUGUACCCUGACAUAUACUGCUGAGGGUCAUGGCUGGUCCAGAGAUCAUCAUUAGAGAGGAUGGUUGUGGGCAUUGUCAUAAUAGUAAGGAGUUAUUAAGGCAUUUUCAGCACAAUACAGCGUAAUUUUAAAGUGCCCUUUGUGCAAAAAUCCAAGGAUGCUUUAAAAUAAAACUGAAAAGUCCAUUGACCAAUCAAUCCAGCUAAAAAAUAAACUUAGACGAAUAAGUAAUAAAAAAUGUUUUAUUGUGCCUACAUUCUGAGCAUAGGAACGAAUAGCCCUUGCCGUUACUGAUUUUAGAUUAAUUCUACAAACUACAAAAGAGUUCUGCAUUCCCUGAUCUCAAGGUUUAUCUAGGAGCACAAGGUGCCAACAAUUAUCGUAAAUAUGAAGACCAAAGACCAUGAAGGGCAUUAUAAGUAUUAAGGGUUUUUUCAACGGUUUUACUUAACUUGAUUCCUCUGUCGUGGUCAAAUCUUGAAAUACAAAUUUCGUCCACUUCCCGUUGUCCAAUCAAUU